AUGGUUUCUUACCGUCUCUCGAAGUUCUCGACGCCAGCUACAACGGGUUCGCCGAGCCCGCCGUUCAAGUUGACGAGCCUUCUACUGCCAAACAACAAGCUCGGCGUACGGGUGCUCGACUCGCUCGCAAACUGCACCAGUUUGGAGAUGCUGGAUUUUAGUUUCAACAACGCAACUGGAGAAAUACCGGAUCGUUUAUGUGAGAACCACCCGCAGCUCCAGCAUCUUCUUGCGUGGGUGAACAAACUCCAGGGCAUCGUUCCGCCAGCUCUCGGGAAUUGCACCAAUCUGACCAUCGCACUUUUGAGUUACAACAAUCUGCAUGGAGCUAUCCCUCCGGACAUCUCUCGCCUUCAGAACUUGUGGUGGCUUUCGUUGUCUUCAAACAGACUGACUGGGAAAAUCCCGCCAUCCCUGGGAGAGCUGCAAACCAUCGUAGUUCUCCAGCUCGGAAACAACUCUCUGGAAGGUGGCGUACCUCUGGAGCUGUCGAAGUGCAAAAAUCUGGUCAUGUUGGACCUGAGUGCGAACCAGCUCACGGGCACGGUUCCUUCUCGCGUUGGUCGCGAUUACACCGGAGAAAUGGUUCUCGGUUUGGCCCCGGUCGUAGCAAGCUCCCUGGGGAACUGUAAAAUUCUCGAGGUCCAGUUCUCCAAGUGCCGAGGAAGGGACGGGUUGUUUGCGCUCCAGGGACUCCGCCUGGAAGACUUGGAGCAGCGUGUGAGUGAGUUGGCGACCGAGUGCGUUUGGUCGAUGCAAUAUCUGCCGCUGUUCAAGGUGGAACUGACCAGCCUCAUCGUCCUGACUCUUUCGUACAACAAUCUCACUGGUGGUAUUCCUGGAGAAUUGAGCAGCAUGCAGAACUUGUAUAAGCUGGAUCUGGCACACAACUUUCUGGCCGGUCCGAUACCUGAGUCGGUUGGUCAGCUCAAGAACAUCCAGGUGCUGGACCUUUCAGAGAAUUUCCUGAGCGGCCGGAUUCCGGAUUCGAUUUCCGGGCUGACUUUUCUUUUCAACUUCAACGUUUCCUACAACAGAUUGUCAGGCAUGAUUCCUCAGAAAGGCCAGCUUACCACUUUUCAGAGCAGUAGCUUUGAAGGUAAUCCAGGACUGUAUGGUUUCCCUCUCUCCAACAUCCGCCCACAGGAUUCUCCAGCCUUAUCUGUAGAAGAACAUCAUUCGGACGAUGGUUACCGUGAGGAGCUCCUGGCUGGAGUCCCAUGCUUUAUCAUUUCGUUUCUGGUAGCCACCACCGCAACAAUCCUUUUGACUCGUGCAAGGCAAGUCCAAAAAGUUCUAGGCCUGCGUAGAUAA